AGGUUGAUAAAGAGUGGCAAGGACUUGAUGAGAAUGUUGCCCAUGUCCCCUUCUUCGUGGAGCGCUACUCUGAGGCUGAAAUGAUUAAAAGGUCACAGAUGUUUUACGAGCUUCUUAAUAAGAGGAGAUCUGUCAGAUUUCUCAGUGAUGAGCCAGUCCCCAAGGAGGUUAUCGAUAAUGUCAUCAGAACAGCAGGUACUUCACCCAGUGGAGCGCACACCGAGCCCUGGACCUUCGUGGUAGUGCAAGAUCCAUAUUUAAAACACAAGAUUCGUGAGAUCGUAGAAGAAGAAGAAGAAAUCAACUACAAAAAAAGGAUGGGAGACAGAUGGGUUAAUGAUCUGAAAAGACUGAGAACAAACUGGAUCAAAGAGUACUUGGACACUGCUCCCUAUCUGAUCCUUGUUUUCAAGCAGGUAUAUGGGCGGCUUCCAAAUGGCAAAAAGAAGACCCAUUACUACAAUGAAAUCAGUGUUUCUAUUGCAUGUGGUAUCCUGCUUGCUGCACUCCAGAAUGUGGGGCUGUACACAGUGACCUCCACACCCCUCAACUGCGGCCCCCAACUCCGGGUGCUGCUCCAGCGCCCAGCAAACGAGAAGCUACUCUUGCUGCUCCCCGUUGGCUAUCCCAAGAAGGAUGCUACCGUGCCUGCGCUGACCCGAAAGCCACUGGAAGACAUUAUGGUGGUGAUGUGA